AUGCCAAAUAGAAAAGAGAAGAACAAAUAUUCAAAGGUCGCAGAACCCAAGUCUUUUUUUCGAGAAACAUUAAAGGAAAUGGAGAAUAUCGAUUCUACUGGUAUUCUCAAGUGCGUUGACCAACAUGUGGUUGAUACUUAUAAUGCUAUAAGUGCUGCUGCUAAAUUAGGAUCAUGCCGUCUACUAUAUUUCGAUGAACUUCCAAUUGAAUGGCAAGAAAAUCCAUAUAUUCGUUCUGGAUAUCGAUUUUUAACAACAAAAAAACAAUGUCUUCAAUCAAUUUUUUGGCUUCAUAACGAAACUUGUAAUAUUUGGACACAUUUAUUAGGAUUCGUAUUUUUUUUAGGCCUUGGAAUAUAUUCUUUUAUGACACAUUUAGAAAACGCAACCAUAUUUGAUAAAUUGAUAUUUGUAGUAUUUUUUAUUGCUGCUGCUAAAUGUCUAGUAUGUUCAGUAUUAUAUCAUACAUUUAUUCAUUGCGCGCAUAUUCCAGUGAUGCAAUGUGCAGCAACAUUUGAUUAUAUUGGAAUAUCGUUUCUUAUAAUAGCCUCCAUCAUAAUAACAGAGUAUUAUGGUCUAUACUGUUCACCGUUUGAACGUAAUUUUUACAUGACAUUCACAGCGCUGGUCGGAUUAGUUCCAAUAAUUUGUGCGAUAUUUCCAUGGUUUGAUUCAAAAAGAUUUAGAUUGUUUCGUGUGAUAUUGUUUAUAACACUCGGAUGCUCUGGUGUGUUUCCAUUAGCACAUUUGGUAUAUAUUCAUGGAUUUAACCAUAUGUGGGAUUUCAUUAAUCCUAUUAUAUCAAGUUUAUUUGCCUAUUUGACGGGUGUAUGGAUCUAUGCCAAUCGAUUCCCUGAAAAGAAAUGGCCAGGGAAAUUAGACAGAUUUGGAAUUCACAGUCAUUCUGUGUGGCAUGUUUUCGUUUGCAUAGGAAUAUACGAACAUUAUAAAGCUUGUCUAUGGUUUUUCGAAAAAAGAUUAUCUGCGAGCAAUUGUUCCAUAUGA